AUGUCUCUGACCAAGACUGAGAAGGCCAUCAUCAUGUCCAUUUGGGACAAGAUGUCUGUGCAGGCUGAUGCCAUUGGUACUGAGACUCUGGAGAGGCUCUUCUCCAGCUACCUGCAGACCAAGACCUACUUCCCUCACUUCGACCUGCACCCGGGGUCGCCACAGCUGCGCGCGCACGGCUCCAAGGUGGUGGCUGCCCUGGGCGACGCGGUCAAGAAUCUCGACAACAUGGAGGUCGCGCUGACCAGGCUGAGCGAGCUGCACGCUUACAUCCUGCGCGUGGACCCCGUCAACUUCAAGCUCCUGUCCCACUGUCUGCUGGUCACGCUGGCCGCACAUUUCCCCGCCGACUUCACGGCCGAUGUCCACGCCGCCUGGGACAAGUUCAUGUCCAUCGUGUCCUCCAUCCUGACCGAGAAGUACCGCUGAGCACCGUCGCCCGAACCCUGCACCGGCUGCGACCCCUGUGCCCCCCUCAGCCUUCCCCUUUUCCUUGCCAGA